GAUACGACCGGUGUUAAAUCAGUUACUCUGUAAAUUUAAGUUAGCUUUUUGUUUUUGUACAGUUUUUAAAGAGCAGAAGACUUAUUUUAUUUACAUUCUAGGUACAGACUUUGGUGUUUUAAAGCAGUUUUGCGAUCGGUCUGUAAAGUCGCUGUAAAGAAAAGCUUUGAGCUCAAUAUAUUGAGGUAAAAGUGUUUUCAUCAUGAUUAAAUUCAACUUCAGACGGGAUAAAGACAAGGAAUUCAAGCACAUAGCUCACGGUUUGAUUCCUGCCGCCUCCAUCGCUCCUAGAGCCGCUGUGCCUCGUACUCCUCCCCCACAAAGCCCAGACCCCUCACCUGAGAGACAUAGAUCUGCUUUAGCUGCAGCUAUUCUGUCUUCCUCACUCACUGGACAGACGUGGGCCAUCCCGCCGGCUCGUCCAAGGUCCUUCUCUGAGACGGAUCGUUCAGAAUCCUUCGUAUCUGAGCCGAACUUCAGCACCGCACUUUACACCAGAGACAGAUGGUCGGAUGAUUUAGCCAGCCGGCCUCGCCUGUCGUCCCCAGAGCACUCUGAGGGGGAGCUGGAAGAUGGAGAAGAGGAGGCUGAUAACCAAGAGGAUGCAGAGGGACAUAUCUACCAAACUCUGGACAGACAGGAGGAUAUUAGGGAGUCAGAAACGGCUAAUGACCCUCCUCUAGAAGCAACGUCCAGUACUCCUCUGGGCGCUCAGAUGUCUGAAAGAAGAGUACCGUCUCCAGACCUCACUGAGGAUUCCAGUGGCCGGUAUCCUGAAGCCACACAGAGGAGGGAGUCUCUCAGAAGGAGCCCUGACAAUCAGAAGGACGUCAUACGAUCCCUUCCUCCCAUCCCAACCACUAAUCGACCUGGCAGCGCAAAGAAGCCCCAAACCCCCAUCCACUCAUCCUCAGAGGCCAACAAACUGUACACCGAGCUGCGGAAACAGAAGAGAAGCAAGACGGCGGAUGAAGAGAAACUGCUGGAAAAGAGAGUCCAGCGCCUGGAAAGGGAGCUGGAACAGAGCCAGGCUCCCUCCUUCACGGGUUCCUCUGCAGGCAGCCAGGCGGAGCUGCAGACUCUCAGACGGCACGCGCAGGAGCUGGUGGAUGAAAACGACGCCCUGAAACAGACCGUCCACCGUCUGAAUGUGGAGCUGAGCCGCUACCAAGCCCGCUUCAUGCCGCUGUCCAAAGAGGAGCUCGACAUGAAGUAUUCAGCCUAUGAGGACAACGUUAAGGACCUGCAAGCACAACUACAAGCCACUAAGGAGGAGGUGAGCGAGCUGCGAGCUAAGGCAGGCGAAGUUACCAAAGAAAAUGAGAAACUCCACGAUGACAUUAACAAGAUGGAUGCGGUCAACCAGAAGGACUGUCAGCAGAUUCAGCAGCAGGCGCUUCAGGUUUUAAAGGAGAACCAGGUUCUGAUGGAUCAGCUGGAGGCUCAGCAUGAAAAGGCCAAAGCCAAUAACAUCAAACACAAGUCUGAAGUAUCAAAACUGUCCAAGCAGCUUAUGAUGUUGGAGGACGAGAAGGAGCGUUUGCAGGAGGAGCUGGAGGAGAGCAGACGGGACUUACAGAAACAAAAGAAAGAGGUUCAUCUCCAGCGGGCUCGUCUGAAAGAUGCCGUGACUUGGGAUGAGCACUGUAGCAUCACUGGGAAACUCAGAAGACAGCUGGAGGAGCAAGAGAGCAGAAGUCAGAGUGAAAAGGAGCAGCUGCUUUUAAAGAUGUCGAGUCUACAGGAGGAGAACAGGAGUCUGGCUCUGGACAAAAGCAGCCUGACGGCUGAUGUGAAGAAACUGAGGACUGAGCUGGAGAGCUGCAGACAAUCGCACAGGAAGGCCGAGAGGAAGAUGAGUGCACUCAGGAGACAAAAGGAGGAGCAUUUGCUAAAGGAGGAGAAGACCCGUCAUUACUUGGAGGCUGUCAUUUCUGUCGCCGAGCACAUCUCCAGAGAAAGAGACCAUCUAUUGCACAUGGCAUGUGGCCUUCAGCAGGAAAAGCAGGGAUUUGUCAGCAGACUGCUGAACGGCACGGUCCGGUUUGGACAGCUUCAAGAAGAACUCAAAGUAUACCGAAGGCAGGCGUCAACCAGGCUGGCAGCGUUGGAGGAGGCUGCAGAGGGGAGGACAGCUUCUUACCAGAGGGAGAUCGUUCACCUGCAGAAGCUGCUGAGAGAAAGACAGGAGGCUGAGGAAAAACUGCUGCAGUCCAAACGGGAAGUGGAGGAGGAGCUGGAGGUGGUGUGGCAGGCAGCGACACGGGAAAACCAGCAGAUGAGGGAGACGUUAUUGGACACUAAAGUGAACAUCGGGCUUGACCCUUUCUGCUACCCUGUGUCCUGACUUCCCUGCCCAGGCCUUAGAGGAGGCUGCUGUAUCCUCCCAGCUCCAGCAUUAACAGGGGCUGGAUAGCUAAAGACCUACAGAAUAAACCUGCAGGGUGUUUCACCUGCAUCUGAACAUCCUAACAGGGUUUAAGUGUCUGAAUGGAGCUUUUUUUAAAUCUAUUUUCAAAUCUAUUAUUCAAAAAACGGCACGAAAUAGUAAAACUAGAAAGAAAUGUAUGUAUGAGAGUUGAUAUGUUGUAUGAAUAUGCACUUUACUUAUCGUUCUACUUCCACAUUAUUGCAUUACUCUCUUUUACUUGU